AGUGGCAAAGUGGUUUGUGCCAAAUUUACCGCUCGGUGUCUCAACGAAGAUGGUUUGAGGGACCUGAUUAAUCCGUUUGGGGAAGUUGUGAAAGUCAUCAUGUUCCCGCUUUGGUAAGACUAGUAGCUUUAUUCAUCCUGCCAUCUAUUAAAAUACCUAAUAUAUGUGUUUUCAAUUCCUCUGAAAUGGGUCAAAAGUCUUGCAGUGACUGAAUAAUAAUUGAGAAAAUCUUAUCGUCAUCAUGUUGUAAGUAUAGAAGUAGAAUCGACCACCCAUCAUGGCCUCAUUGACUACAAUAGGGAUAUCCAUUCUAGUAAUAAUGUUUUUAUGGUUCUUGUAACGCUGCAUCUUCAGGCGUUUGUGGAGUUGGGCUCAACUGACCAGGCCGCCGAUAUUGUGACAUACUACCUCAGUAACCCAGUGAUGGUGAAAGGAGGACAAGUCACCUUCUCUGUCUCGUCAACAUUGAAUUUCCUACAGAGUUCCCGGGUGUUGAGUUUUUCCCCGGUGCCUCCUGGUAAAGAGUCUGCCGCGUGGAAGAGAGAGUUACUGGCCGUCGCUGAAGGAUUUGGACCUGUGGAGCACUCUCUAUUCUUACCUACGCAGGCAUUUGUGGAAAUGACUAAUGCACUGGAUGCACAGACGCUGGUUGGACACCAUACAUCCAAACACCUGAAAAUAGAUGAGAUACAUAUUAAAGUGGCCUUCUCAUCAGAGUAUAAUACACUUCGGACCAUGUCUGAGAGGAAGUCUUCAGACAGGAAGUCUUCAGACAGGAGCAGGAAGUCUGAAGACAGAUCUAAGAGAAAGAGAACCCCAAGCCCCAGAAGGCGGUCCCUCAGCCCCAGGAGAGUUUCCCCAAUCUCCUCAAAGAGGAGGAGGAGUAGAGAGAGGGAUAGCGACCGUCACAAAGAACGGGUGAAAUCAAACUGUGGGGGUAAAAACAGGCUAAAGUCCCCCAGCAAACAGAGCUCCAGUCGGUCCCCCAGAAGCCUUCGCUCCCAUACUAAAGAGUGGGUGUCCAGUGAGAAGGUAUCCCCCAUUUCCUCAUCCACUCGCUCACAACCUCCCACCAAGAAUAAGACCCCAUCCAAGUCCUCCACUGUGAUGGAGAAGUCCAAAAAGGCUGUCGACACGAUUGACCAGAGCAAGCAAGAAACUGCGACCCACGACAGCCAGGAGGAUGGAGCCAUGGAGGCCUGUGAUAUGGACAGUGACAUCGAGGGGAUGGCCGUGUAUGGGGAGGAUGGGGAGGAGAACUCUGACAUGGGAGAGGAGGGAGAGGUGGGGGAGGGAGAGAAGGGAGAGGAACUGCAGGAGGGUGCUGAGGACUUGAUCCAGGAGUUUAAAGACCUAUGUGAGCCCAGGCAGAAAGCAACUUCUGGGACUGUAGAUGAUGCUCGUACAGAAGAGCUCUCAGCUACCGGGUCAGAACAGGGAAAGAGCUCUCAGCGACCGUGUCAGAACAGGGAAAGAGCUCUCAGCACCGGGUCAGAACAGGGAAAGAGCUCUCAGCGACCGGGUCAGAACAGGGGAAAGAGCUCUCAGCGACCGUGUCAGAACAGGGGAAAGAGCUCUCAGCUACCGUGUCAGAACAGGGGAAAGAGCUCUCAGCUACCGGGUCAGAACAGGGAAAGAGCUCUCAGCUACCGGGUCAGAACAGGGGAAAGAGCUCUCAGCGACCGGGUCAGAACAGGGAAAGAGCUCUCAGCGACCGGGUCAGAACAGGGGAAAGAGCUCUCAGCUACCGGGUCAGAACAGGGAAAGAGCUCUCAGCUACCGGGUCAGAACAGGGGAAAGAGCUCUCAGCUACCGGGUCAGAACAAGGGAAAGAGCUCUCAGCGACCGGGUCAGAACAGGGGAAAGAGCUCUCAGCGAACAGGGGAAAGAGCUCUCAGCUACCGGGUCAGAACAGGGGAAAGAGCUCUCAGCUACCGGGUCAGAACAAGGGAAAGAGCUCUCAGCUACCGGGUCAGAACAAGGGAAAGAGCUCUCAGCGACCGGGUCAGAACAGGGAAAGAGCUCUCAGCGACCGGGUCAGAACAGGGGAAAGAGCUCUCAGCGACCGGGUCAGAACAGGGGAAAGAGAUGGAUGGUGAAGACCAGAAAGGAGAUAUUUCAUACGUUGAUGAUGAGCCUGAUUUCCCAGAGGACCUUGAGAAUCUUAUUACGUUGGAUGAGCUAGAGGACGAUUCCUCGGUUGAUAACCAAGAUAACCAGUCAACAGAUGAGAUCAAGAGCAGAUCCAAGAGCAAACCCUCAGGACGUGAUCAGACACCUGGUAGAGUGAUCUACGUCAAAAACCUUCCCAGAGGCUUCUAUACAGAUAAUGACUUCCUGAAGAUUGUUAAAGGCUUCGGGAGAGUGCAUCGCUAUUUCCUCCUUCGCAAUGGUGAAGAGGGCUUCAUUGAGAUGGAGAGGUCUUCUGAUGCGACAAAGGCUUUAAGAGAGCUGCGUUAUGAUGGCUGUAAAUUAUACGGCCAGAGGUUGAUCAUCCUGCGGUCUCAGAAAUACAAAAGACUAACAACAGGGUGGAAACCUGAAUCUGAUUCUAAAAGUGAUCGGAAGAAGGAUCACAUGAGUACUAGAAGCAGUAGCAGGAUAAGGAGUGGACGGACCAGCAGUCACUCAAAGUCAGCGGCUAAGGGCGACAAGACAAAAAGAGAAGGACAAAAGAGAAGGACGAGGAGACAAAAGAGAAGGACGAGGAGACAAAAAAGAGAGGGAGAGAGGGGGAGACAAAAGAGAGGGACGUGGAGACAAAAGAGAAGGACGAGGAGACAAAAAGAGAAGACAAAAGACGAGGAGACAAAAGAGAAGGACGAGGAGACAAAAGAGAAGACGGCACGACAAGUAUGCUCCGAGCCAGCCCAACACUGUGACAAGGAGGACAGAGGAGCGUCUGAAGGGGAUAUUGACCAAUCCUCCAACAGUGAAGACCAAAAGGAUGCCCCUGUCCCUGCUGCUGAGGAAGAGAAGCAGGCCUGUAGCAACGAGGAUAAUGCAGAAACCAAGAUGGAGGAUAAUGUGGAAACGAGACCAGAUUCCAUAAAGACUGGUAUGGAGUCAUCGUUCCAGGCCAACAACCCAGUGGGAAGAGAAUUCAUUAAACCUGUCAUUGGCUACUUCUGCGACCUGUGUCAAGUCAUCUAUGUCAAUGAGGACGAAGCAAGGAACCAACACUGCAGCAGCCUCUGUCACUAUCUGAAGUUUAUGGAACAUUCAGGUGAAGACACAGCCUCUAGCUAAAAGAUGUCCAUCUCUGGAGGAAGUUGACCAGAUGACAGUCUUAGGCCCAUUUUGACAGGAAGUGUACAUGUGCACACUUCCGGAGGAGGGUGGAGAAUCUGGAUGUUUCUUUAUAUUGCACUCAAGAAGAACGGCACAGGUUUACCUCAUCCAUGAGAGGCUCUUUGUGAAACUCAUCCUAGAACAAUAAAUGAGAUUGCAGAUUACGUUCAUCUGUAUUGGUUUAUAUGAACAAAUGUUCAGCACCUACCUACAUAUAUAUAUUGUUAUGUUUGUGUUAAAAUAGCUCAGAUCUACUUUCUGUAACGUGAAUUGUUUGUUCGGUUUUCCUAUGUAAUUUGUUUUCAAGAUUUGUGUUAAAUUGAACUUCAUUCUCUAAAGGAUUGUUAAUAAACAUGCUUAAUUAUUG